CGGGGCGGGGAGCCCAGCGCCAACCCGCGACUCCCCGAGCCCCGGCGUGCUGCCCCAGUCGCUGCCCGCCAUGGCCCACGCUGCCCGGCUCUUCGCCGCGCUGGCCACCCUCCUCGCCGCCGCCGCUACAGGCGAUGCCCGGCCCAGCAAAAUCGCCGUGGUUGGAGCCGGAAUUGGGGGCUCUGCUGUGGCCCAUUUCCUCCAACAGCACUUCGGCCCCCGGGUGCAGAUCGACGUGUUUGAGAAGGGGACCGUGGGCGGCCGCCUGGCCACCAUCUCAGUCAACAAGCAGCACUACGAGAGCGGCGCCGCCUCCUUCCACUCCCUGAGCCUCCACAUGCAGGGCUUCGUCAAGCAGCUGGGGCUGCGGCACCGGCGCGAAGUGGGAGGGAGGAGCGCCAUCUUCAACGGGGAGGACUUUGUGCUGGAGGAGACUGACUGGUACCUGCUGAACCUCUUCCGCCUCUGGUGGCACUACGGCAUCAGCUUCCUGAGACUGCAGAUGUGGGUGGAGGAGGUCAUGGAGAAGUUCAUGAGGAUCUAUAAGUACCAGGCUCACGGUUAUGCCUUCUCGGGUGUGGAAGAACUGCUCUACUCGCUGGGGGAAUCCGCCUUUGUCAACAUGACCCAGCGCUCCGUGGCCGAGUCCCUGCUCCAGGUGGGCGUCACACAGCGCUUUAUCGAUGAUGUCGUCUCCGCUGUCCUGCGGGCCAGCUACGGCCAGUCAGCAGCGAUGCCCGCCUUUGCCGGAGCCAUGUCACUAGCCGGGGCCCAAGGCAGCCUGUGGUCUGUGGAGGGAGGCAACAAGCUGGUUUGUUCCGGUCUGCUGAAGCUCACCAAGGCCAACGUGAUCCAUGCCACGGUCACCACUGUGACCCUGCAGCAAACAGAGGGGAAACCCUUGUACCAUGUCAAGUAUGAGAAUGAGGUGGGCACAGGCUCUGACUACUACGACAUCGUGGUCAUCGCCACCCCCCUGCACCUGGACAACAGCAGUACCAUCACCUUUGAAGGCUUCGACCCGCCCAUUGAUGUCGUCCAGGGCUCCUUCCAGCCCACCGUCGUCUCUUUGGUCCAUGGCUACCUCAACUCUUCCUACUUCGGCUUCCCCGACCCUAAGCUCUUUCCCUUUGCCAGCAUCCUCACCACAGACUUCCCCAGCUUCUUCUGCGCCCUGGACAACGUGUGUCCGGUCAACGUCUCGGCCAGCUUCCGGCGGAAGCAGCCUCAGGAGGCCGCCGUCUGGCGAGUCCAGUCCCCCCAGCCCCUCCUUCGCUCCCAGCUGAAGACCCUCUUUCGCUCCUACUAUUCAGUGCAGGCAGCCGAGUGGCAGGCCCACCCCGUCCACGGCCCCCGCAGCACCCUCCCGCGGUUCGUGCUGCACGACCAGCUCUUCCUCCUCAACGCCCUGGAGUGGGCGGCCAGCUCCGUGGAGGUGACGGCAGUGGCUGCCAAGAACGUGGCCCUGCUGGCUUUCAACCGCUGGUACCAGGACCUAGACAAGAUUGACCAGAAGGAUUUGAUGCACAAGGUAAAGACUGAACUGUGAGGGCUCUGGGGAGAGCUGGAAACAUCCAGCCCCCGCUCAAGACGGAUCCCCCCCCACCCCGCGGCGGCCAAGGUUUUACAAGCCACACUCACCCACAGAGCCCUUCUCUGACCCCUCGUGUGUGGAGCGUCUUUUCUCUCCAGUGUGGGUCCUUGUGACCAACUCUCUGCCUCUCCGUCUUAAGGAUUUUCACAGUGUUGCUUCUUUUGAAGGGGGAGAGUAAGAGAGGGGGAAGGACAUUCAAGCCAAUGUAUUCAUUUAUUUAUUUUUUUUAAGAAGAAAUAAAAAUCCAUCCUAAGC